AUCAUUGCUUUUGUUUAUUGGGCCUAUACUGUUUAUUGGGCCUUUUGUAAAUUGGGCUUUGUGUAUGAAAAUGCUUUAAAAAAAAGCAGCUAUGGGAAAGUUCUCGUCGUUUUCUGCCUGCUGUCGCUGCUUCCUCUCUCCAACGAGAGCUUUCGUAGUUCUCCUCCUCGCUCUGUUCGAGAUUUUCUAAUGCGAGCGAGAUUAUAUAUAUAUAAAUAUAUGUGUAUAUACAUACACAUACAUACAUAUAUAUGAGCAUAUUUAAUGCAGAAACGGUGGAUCAGUGGAAACUAUGAGCAGAGGGCAACACAUUUUCUUCUUCUGGCCGCUUUACUUUUUUCUCCCGCUCUGUAAUUUCAUAAGGAGGAGUUGCUAAUUCAGCCAUGGAAAUGGAUUUAAUGCAUCAUUAACCUUUUUCAAAAUCAAGAACAGAACCCUGUAUAUCAUCCGUUCCUUCUCUUAUUUUCCUCUCUCUCUCUCCUCUGUUUCGCGACCUUGCUUUCUUUUUUGGUGGCACAAUUUAUGGUGGGUUUUAUGGGUCUCUUUGAUUUACAUCGGUAGCGUCGAAGAAAGGUAAACAGAGAACGCAAGUGUUUGGGCUGCUCUUCCCUCCAUGAAAGCUCCUUCAAUGCAUUACAAUCAUGAGGAGGAGGAGAUGGAGAGUAGGGGCAAUGUUACAGGUGCUGUUUCAAGCAAAUCUCUGGAUAAUCGUCGCCGGGCUAACAUGGAUAGGAGGAUGGAACUGUUGCAAGAUGUUGAUAAGCUGAGGAGGAAGCUGAGACAAGAAGAGAAUGUGCACAGAGCACUGGAGAGGGCUUUCACUAGGCCAUUGGGAGCUCUCCCUCGUCUUUCGCCUUAUCUCCCUCCCGGUACAUUGGAGCUUCUUGCUGAAGUAGCUGUUCUUGAGGAGGAAGUAGUUAGACUGGAAGAGAAAGUUGUCGGCUUUAGGCAAUGUCUAUACCAGGAAGCUCUCCAUACAUCUUCCAAGAGAAAUCCGGGGAGUCCUAACGGCUUAAACGAGAACUCUCCCGUUAGAAAUGGUAAACAUCAUCGUUCGAAGUCUCUGUCUCAUCACCAGUUCAGUCCAUUGUUCUCCCCUACCAAACGACAGCCGCCCCUUGGUAGAAGUGUUUCAAGCAGGAAGCUCUUCUCCUCGGAUCACACAGCUCAUGAUCAAAGCAGAAUGGGGAAUGGCAAAGAUGUUACGACGGGGAAAGAGAAUCGAUCCUCGGUUAGAGAUUCGAAAGGCGAGAAGGAUAAGCGAUCACCCGAGAAGAGGCGCAUAGAAACCAUUUAGACGUUCUUCUUUCAUCAGUCCUUCAAAUCUAUGGAACAUUGAAAAGUUUCUUUCUAUUUCCUUCAUGGUUCAGCUAGACAAUAGAUUUGCAGACCAGGAAAAAAAGGGCAAGGACAGCCAGUUUGAUCAUUUGUUAAUUGGUUCUCAUUGAUGGUACAUAGAACAUGUCAUGUUUCAUUACAUUUAUUUUUUUUUCGGUUAAUGAAUAGUUUAAUUCGAUUUUUA